AUGAAGCUGGCAGGGAGCUUACUAUUUCUGCUUCUUGGGUCUGCAAGAGCGCACAAAGUACCGGAGAAAGAUCAUGAAUCGCGAUCGUAUUUCGCAGUUGAAAGCCAUCUGGAGGUUCGGGAACUGGUCUACCAGCAUCCAGAAUGGACAUACGAGCACCCUGUGCGGGGGCUGGACAAUCAUCAUGUGUUCUCUAUCGAGCGUAAUGGCAGCAGGGCUCGUAAAAGAGAACUGUUAACAGAUUCUCCAGAUAUCCUGUCAGUUGAGGACCUGAAUCCUCAAAGGCUACACAAGAGAUUACCAAUACCUGACGUACCUAUAGAUUCCAGCAUGCUUCCGAUGAAAAAUGCCGAGGAUCGGCUGGGUAUAAGUGAUCCGCUCUUCGAGAAGCAAUGGCAUUUGAUAAAUCCCAGCUUCCCAGGAAACGACAUAAACGUCACUGGUGUUUGGUAUGAAGGCAUCACUGGACGUGGCGUUGUGGCGGCCAUCAUAGACGAUGGACUCGAUUACGAAAAUGAGGAUCUUAAGGAUAACUUUAGCCCGGAGGGCUCCUGGGAUUUUAAUGAUAACACCGCUCUGCCGAAGCCAAGACUUAGCGAUGACUAUCAUGGAACCCGUUGUGGUGGGGAGAUAGCAGCGGCCAAGAACGACUUCUGUGGCGUGGGUGUAGCGUACGACGCAAAGGUCGCUGGAAUUCGUAUUCUCUCUGGCGAGAUAACUCCGGAGGAUGAGGCAGCAUCGCUUGUAUACGGACUCGAUGUCAAUGACAUCUAUUCAUGCUCUUGGGGGCCUGCAGAUGAUGGAAGACAUUUACAAGGGCCUUCAGACCUAGUUAAGAAGGCGCUAAUCAAAGGGACUCAAGAAGGCAGAGAUAAACGAGGUGCGAUCUAUGUGUUCGCAAGCGGUAACGGGGGUAUGUUCGGAGAUGAUUGUAACUACGAUGGCUAUACAAACUCUAUCUAUUCCAUCACAGUCGGUGCAAUCGACCACAAGGGCCUUCAUCCGCCUUAUUCCGAAAGCUGUUCUGCUGUUAUGGUGGUUACCUACUCUUCCGGGUCUGGAGAAUUCAUUCACUCUACGGAUAUCAACGAUAAAUGCAGUGAUAGACAUGGCGGUACUUCUGCGGCCGCUCCGCUCGCUGCCGGAGUAUUUUCGCUGGUCUUAGAAGCCAAUCCAAAUUUGACUUGGAGAGAUUUACAGUACUUAUCCAUCCUAUCGUCGCAGCAAAUAAAUGAGAUGGAUGGUGAUUGGCAGGAAGGUUCGAUGGGAAAGAUGUAUUCUCACCGCUAUGGGUAUGGUAAGCUUGAUGCAUAUAGCAUUGUCAAUAUGGCCCGCAGUUGGGAGAAUGUGAAUCCUCAGGCUUGGUAUUAUACAUCAUUAAAAGAGAUCCUUCAGGAAACAGACUCAACAGAAGAAGUGCUGGAAUCGGUUGUUUCAAUCUCACCAGACGAUCUGCUUAAAAAUAAUUUCAAAAGGGUAGAGCAUGUUACGGUCACCGUUGACAUAGAGGCAGAUAUCAGAGGUACUACGGAAGUGGACUUGAUCUCACCAAGAGGUGUCACUUCGCAUCUGGGCGUCGUUCGGAAGCUCGACCAAUCGCAGGAUGGUUUUAAGGACUGGAGUUUUAUGUCAGUCGCUCACUGGGGCGACGAGGGAGCGGGUGACUGGAAACUGCUAGUAAGAACAACCGUUGACGGAAACAAAGUGAAGCUGAACAACUGGAGAUUGAAGCUUUUCGGGGAAUCUAUCGAAUCGGCGCUAGCCGUCCCAUUUACUUUCGGUAACGAUGCUGAAGAUACGACUGAUAGCAAUGCCACGGAAACUGAAACAUCUGCAACUGCGACAGAUGAACCUACUGACACUCAGGCGACGGUCGCGCCUACAAGUACUCAGAACGCCUCCUUCAAUGAACACACUUUGAACAAGUUUACGCCCUCGACGCAGGCCAUGCACUACUUCAUUGCGCUUUUCAUCGUUGGCGCAGCCCUGUUCGUACUUUACUUUCUCUUUUUUGUCAGAACUAGACGCAGAAUACGGAGAUCAAGAGCAGAGACAUACGAGUUUGACAUAAUCGAUACCGACUCCGACCAUGAUUCCUCAUUCGACAGCAGCUUCCGCGGAGCGAACGGCAUUAUCCCCUCUGAUAACUUCGACGAUCUCGAUUUUGACCUUUCGGACGAGGACCAUCUCGUCAGCGACCCUGCAACUCAGCCUACGACGCAGUAUCAACCAAUUGAUCAGGCUUUAGAAUCACCUAAAGACAGUAAAGGGGAUAAAUAA